AUGCCAGCCGAGGUUCCAUACGCAGUACUCGUAGAGCCUACGACAUAUAUAAGUAUUGUUCGACCCGAAACUCCCAUUCAAAAGAAUCUCAUUGAGUUCAAUAACAUCUACGCUGCAAGUUUCGAACAAGGUGAUCUUGCACUUCCACCCGCCAAGAAAUAUGCCGUUGUAACCUGCAUGGACGCCCGCAUCGAUCCCUCCGCGGCUUUUGGUAUCGCUCUCGGCGACGCCCAUAUAAUCCGCAAUGCAGGAGGCUCUGCACGCGAUGCAUUACGUUCGCUCAUCAUUUCUCAGCAAUUGCUGGGUACGAAUGAGAUUUUACUGAUCAAACAUACGGGAUGUGGGAUGCUCACCUUUAAAAAUGAAGAUGCGGUCAAGAUUGUAGAGGAAAAGUUGGGGGAAGGAGCAAGAAAGGAAUUGGAAACAUUUGGGGGUGAUUUUCAACCGUUUGAAAAUUUGGAAAAGGAGGUCACGAGGGAUGUGGAAUGGCUGAGGGGGGUGGAAGCUAUACCUGGGGAGGUUGGAAUUAGUGGAUGGGUUUAUGAGGUGGAGAGUGGGAGGGUGAGAAAGGUCAUUUGA